UUUAGAGCAUUGAUUAGAGAAAAUGCAGACUGAGAGAAACAUUGUUAUUCUAGACAUUCCUAAUAUGAGAACGGAUGCUUUCAGAAUAUUUAUUGCUCAAUGGAAAAUAUUUCCCAGACAUUUGAGUGAACUGUUUUCAAGCAUAAACAGCAAAGCACAUCAAAAUAUUCUGUUGGGGGAUGUUAAUUCACACUACCUCACGACAAGUGUAGCUCAACUAAGGAAAUAUUUCCGAUAGCAACGAAAAACAUGAAGCUACAAGAAAACAAAUAAAAAUGCACACAGUGCUACAAAAGAAAGGAUUGCUCAGUUUCAAAUCACUUGCGGAUGACAACACUGCUGAUAAAAGGCAUCACAGAAAAGACUAUAGACUCAGCUUCUUUCGGAUAAAACCCUUUUUACAAAAACAGAACUAACAGACUUUGUGAGUACUAUCAAUUUAAUCCUGUUCAAUCAAAGCACGGAUUGGUGAGUAAGUUGGUUGACUGCUUAAGUAUCAACACAGGGAUCAGAGACAAAUGUAGUAGACCAAAAAGGAAAUGUCAGGAUGUAAGAAGAGAAGUUCUAGUCUCAGGAACACAAAAGGAAUUUAAAAUGAACAUGACAGCAACAAAAAGACCAAAACGGAUAAAGUGACCCUGCUGUGCUUGUGGUAAAGUCAUUUAGAAUUAUGUUGAAAGUUGAAGAGAAAAUUUGUUUGGUUACCUAUUUAUUACUGACAGUGUACAUGUAAGUGAUUUUCCACAUUGAGUCGACAGACCUAAAUCGUUAAAACAGGUAAUGACAGUUCCAUCGUCAAACGCUCGGCAUAAGGUGUGAAUGUCACGGGUCCUCGGAGAUGACCUUAAAAACGGAUGUCCCGGGUCACAGUAGGUGUGGCACGCUAAAGAACCCUCCCUGUUCAAUGGUCGUAAGCGCCGAGUAUAUGCCUAAAUUUGAAGCCCUUCACCGGUCUUGGUGACGUCUCCAUAUAAGUGAAAAAUUCUCAAGCGAGACGUUAAGCAAAAUACAAUCAAUCAAUCAAUCAAUCAAUCAAUCCACACGGAGAGCCAGACAAAACAAACCUAAAAACUGACUGACCAUAGUUUUUGUCUGAGCACUAACCCAAAGUGUAUUUUUGUUAAACUUGAUCUGAUCAAACAAACAUUAACAAACUGCUUUGUGACAUUUUAAUAAAAAUAGCUAGAUAAUAUAUAUCACAGAUGGAAACUAAAGACAGACGUUUACACAAUCAAUGAGUCCGUUUUCUUUUCACUUAAACCACAUGAGCUGUUUACUCAUUUAAACAAAUAUUUCUAAAUUAAAAAAUAUCUUACCUGGCUUCUGACCCAAUAUUACAAUUGAAAAACAACAUGGUUUCUUUUUGUAUGGCCUUGGAUGAUAAACUGAAAGUGCUACCUGUCAGACAUGUGUAAUCAUUAAUUGUAAUUGUAAGAAACUGUAAUGGAUUAUUUCAAUCCAAGUGAUACUUUUAACUAAUGCUCAGGUGAACAAUAAGGCCCAUAGGCCUUUUGUCUUUUUAUAGAUUUUAAUGUGCGCAUUUAUCAUUCUUUUGAGUUCGAUAUGUUCCAGUUACCCCCACCCCACCUCUUUUGAAUUGUCUAAUUCCAAAAUACAUAGUAGUUAACCAUUUUUUGAGUGAAAGUAGUUAUUUUGUACUUUUUGUCUUUGUGAUUAGGCUGAUAUAAAGAAUAUUACCUACCUCAGAAAAAAAUUCCCGUAACCGUCAUUUGUCCCACCCCAGUGGCAGAUUUAAGGGGGCGCAGUCGGCGCCCCCCCCCCCCUUAAAAUUUGAGGUAAAUCAUGGUAUCUUGUUUAGAAAAAGUUACUAAACAAUGUAAGAAGCAAUAAUUUCUUUCACUCCCGGAUAAAUGACAAAAUCUAUUGAUUUCUUGAAUUACUUUAUUGGGAGAACUUAAUUUUUUUUUCAAAAACCCUUAAAAUUUGCGUCAUUUUAUUAAUUUCACCAUAUAAAAAAUGAUAGAAAAUAGUAUAGAAGACCAAAUAGGAGAUAUAUUUCAAGCCCUAUAAAAUCUGUAAAAUCGAGGAGUUUCCGGGGGCUUCGCCCCCUGGGCCCCCACCAGGGUUUCGCCCCCAGACCCCCUGCCUCAUAAAGUGGUGCCCUCCGUAACCGCAAUUCCUGGAUCCACCCCACCCCCAAAACAACGACAACAAUAAACAAAAACAGAGUUUUUCAUUCCACGUAUAAACACUCCCGAGAGUUUCCGAAAACCGGAAUUUAGCGUCCUUGCUGGAGUCGUAGACAGGUUGGAUUAUUUUCGUCUAUAAAAGUUAUUAAAUCAAAUUUGAAAGAAUUGGACUACGUUGGACUUCUUUAGGAGAUGUUUAACGCCUUUUAGAUAGGGAAAUUCGAUCUGUUCUUGGAACUAAGGUGAAUUUUUAAUCGGUGACUAUUUUUAGGUCAUACUAAAUUUAAAUGAAAAUGGAUAAGAUGUCCCUGUGAAUGAAUGAUAAAUAUCGCACCCAUUGUUUGUCGAAUCAAAGACACAUGUAAUAUGUAUUUGAAAAUAUCUACGUUUGCAAAUUAAACAAGCCUUUCGUGUUUUUUUAAUUUCUAACAAAAAAUGUCGGUGUCGCGUGAUCCUAUGAUGUAAUAUUUAUUAAUAGUUCUAACAUCACCAUCGAUAAGCUGGGGUAAGCAGUUGACUUUUUGUAACAUGUAAUAAACCAUUCUCUGUUGAGUAUUGUCUAAAAAGAAAACAACGAACAGACCAUGAAAAAAUAGCAAUGUCAAUAUGUUGAGUUGUAUAUAAUCGAGCCGAGAAAGGAUAAAAAUAAUAAGACUUGUAAUGAGGUCACAUGAUAUAGAUUUAGGAGGAAUAUGCACGUCACUGGUUCGACCGUAGAAAUGUCAUUUCAUCUAGAAAUGAUAGUACGUCUUAGAAACGCGAUCGUAACGAUUGAAUUUUAUAUUGAUAUACACGUAACGGUAACAUAACGAAGAUGAAUAUUUGCUCUUUGUUUUCAAAUGGAUUGGAAAUCCCCUUAUCUAAAUUUAGAAACAAUAACAAAGUCAAAAAUACAAAGCUUCGUCAGAUGGAAUCUACACGAAAGUUCACCAAAGUUGACCAUCAGCAAGCAGAUUUCAAUGAUGACGUGUUAUCUGUCGACAAUGACACUCUUAUAUCAAGCGAUUUUUUAUCGGAUUCGGAUGGAGAAAAUGAUGGGCAGGAAAGAGACGUUGACUUUGAAUUAAGUGCGGGUCCAAGUAAAACAGAUGAUGGUCAAACAAAUCCGUUUCUUGGAGAUAAGGAAAUGGAUACAGGUUGGAAGCCAUCUACUCUACCCCGUGAGAGGUCUAAUGGAAGUGGUUGUGGCAUAGCGUAUUUUGAACCACGAUACUUUGCAACUAGUUCCUUCGUGGAAGCCGUUCUUCCGGUUUUGAUAAGCCAGGACAAGCAGAGAAUAUUCAUGUUGUUGAAGUUUCAUUUGAACCAAAGCCUAGUAGUUGAAAUAACUUUUUAUAUGCUUUUCUCAGAAUGGCUAUACUUUCCAUUUCAAAUCGCAUCCAUUCGGGUGAAUCUAAGGGAGUACUUCAUACAGAAUGGAUUGGCAUUAACAAAUGGGUUAGAAGUGGAGUAUGUUAAGAACGUUAAGGCUGUUUUUAGACAAAAAAGAGAUUCCUCCACGCGGGAUGAACAUGAACCCCAUAUUGCACAGAAGGAAUUCUCCAGAUCAGAAUGUCAAGAAGGGCUUCAAAAGUUACAAGUAUGUACGAAACAUACCGACAAAAGAACUGGUUUACCUGAAAAAGUACUAAAUAAAUACCCGAUGAUCUGCGGUAUACCGCCAAAGCUACAAACAGUAGACUUGGAAAAGUUUGCUUUCCCAGAGCAUAUGUCUUUCCCAAACCCACCUCAGGUAGAACUAGUUGUGAACAUGGUUUUAUCUUCACCUUCCUCUUGUAAACACACUGACCAGGCAGUUCAUUGUAAUGAACGUCAGCAGUGUUUAUCCCAUGUGCCCGAAAUAGAAGGAAAUCCCGAGAUUACCAGUACAGAAUCCAUCAGGGAAGAGCCAUCACAGUUGUUGAACAAUGAUCAAGAAACCAGUCAUGAUCAUGGAAAUGCUCACCCGAUAUCUCUUGUAGAAGAUUCGCAAAGCCAACAUAGUCCUCCGUUCCAUGACAAUUCUACUCUAGAUGAAUUUUCCUUCAUAAGACGGAGAAAAAGUUCUUUUUCAAAUAACGCAUUAUCUGAAAACGAGAUGGAGAGGUGUUAUCCCAAGACGAAUCACCCUACAGGGAACUUGAAGUUGGAUUUUAUUGACAGAAAUUUUGAAAUCUUCGACGAAGAUCAAUCACAAGCGAAAGAAAAAGGAUUAGAUAUUGAAAAAUUCAGCAAUACGGGAAAGAAUAUAAUGCAAAUAUUUGCCACAAAAAAUUCAGAUGGCGAAUUUACCACACUUGUAUUCACAAAGGAUAUAUGCCAAAAUAUAUUGCCAGAAUCGCCGGUUACAAAAUCAAGCUCUUCAUUUACUGCAUCUGCAAGGAGCAAUUCUACUUAUAUAUGUAUGGAGGAAGAUCCUGCAGAAUACAGACUUGAAAAAAUUAUCAACAUUCCUGGACAAGAUACUCUAGCUAACAAAAGGCACACGAAACGCCUUCUUGAUCACAAUCGCGCACUUAGAAUUCCAUUUGAUAAUAGUAUAUUGACCCAUGUUGAGAAUGCAAAAUACAACCCUUUGAAUAGUGCAAUGCAGACGAUUGUACAUGCGUACCCAGAAACACAGUCAGUGGGGGUUUUGUUUGAGAAAAUAACACCAGAAAAAAUACAGUUAUGUUUCUCACUGUUUAACAGAGCUUUUGAACAGCAACGUCAUAUAUCUUUGUAUAUGUCUGCCAAAUCAAUUAUGCAUGCGGUGAAAUUUCCGUUAUGCCGUUCAUUACCAGAAAUGCGAAACCGAAAACUGAAUUCAAAGGAUCAACUUCAAAUAGUACCUAUGAAAAACAACUCUCCAUUUAAAUCACAUUGGUUUCCUCACCUGCCUCCGAAAUUCAAUCCUACGACCAUGUCGAAAAAUAAAACAAAAAACAAAAAGCGCAACAAAAAAGCCACCGAACCAACACAGUCCCAUGCUUCUUCAGAUUUAUUCCAGAAUGUCCCGCUAUUUGAAAGUGGAAAAGAAUCCAUUGAGGAUGAACAUUUGGGCCCCCAAAGACUAUCGGCCAGGUACGAAGUCGAUUUUGAGUGUAAUUUCAAAGAUGAAUUUGAGAUUGCGACCUACGCUAAUCUAGCUGUGUCAAACAAUUCGGACGAUUCGACUGAAAAUCAUCCUGAUGAUUAUAUUCCACAAGAAAUAAAAAGAUGUGUCGAUCUUUCACAAAAUGUGCCGCCAGACAGUGCGUAUGGUACACAGUCGAAACCAACAUUAGACGGAAUGAACGAAUAUCAUGAGACAUAUGUACAGUCGCUUAAACAAAAUUACGGAAACCCACAGACUGAGCAGAAAAUCUUAAUGAACAGUCUUCCAAAAGAUAAUGAUCGUAGGUUCUAUUCCAAGAAUGGCAAUCACAUAACUCGGGCCAGUCAGUCUGUUACCAGUGGCAAUUCUCAAAACGUUUUGCAAAUAGAUCCCCUUUUUGCAAAAGAACUUGCAAAUUGCGGAAUUCCGUUCACGGACGUGAUUCUGAAUUUACCAUCAAAUAUAUUUGAAGCACAAGGGUCAAAGAGAGAGGAUGAGCAAACUCGUCCACCUGGAUUGACUGUUGAACUUGAAUUGCAGGCUGACGUUAAGAAACUGGAUGAGGAAUUUAAAGAAUUACAUCGGAGUUCUUCCAGAGAAUCUUCUGGAAGAGGCAAUGACGGAAAGCAACAUGCAACUCACAUCAUUACAGUAGACCUGGAUUGUUAUCAGAGGCUUCAUGAAGCGUGUAUUAGUCUCAACAGUAACGGUCUUCUUCAACCUCCAUAUGCCAGAACCGUUACGGCUGGGGACGAAUCAUAUUUGGUGGAUUAUCUGUCGCGUUUGAAAAACAACACUCUAGAAAACCACUGUGGAUUGAUAUUCAGGAAUGAGAUGAUUCAAAGACUGGUGAACAGAAAGGAAACAUUUAGGAUUAAUCAGGAAUAUGAGGUUCUCGAAAGACUGGGAUCUGGCGGGCAUGGAAGCGCAUACCUUUGUGUGUGUAAAGGAAUGGAAGGAGGAAAACCAUUCGUUAUAAAGAAGUGCCCCAGGUCAUCCUUUAAUGAAGAGGAGAUAUCAAUACCACUUCGCUAUGGGAAUAUGUACACACGAAUGUUAGAUGUAUAUGGCAUUGUGCUGGAAGGCGAGGAAGUGUCCGUUAUCAUGGAAUAUGCAAAUGGUGGAACUUUGAAAGCAUACCGGAACUCGCCGGAAAGGAAUGUCUACUUUUUAGUAGCGGCCCUUCAUCGACUUCUAAAAAUCAUAUAUGAAGUUCAUCUUCUUGGAAUUUUCCAUUUUGAUAUAAAAGAGGAAAACAUCGCCUUCACCCACUCAGAUAAUCCAGAUUCAGCCACACUGUUAGACUGGGGUUCCGCUAAAUAUGCCAAAAAAGUCAAUCAGAAAUAUUGCAACGGUACCAAGAGAUUUUAUCCACCAGAGCUGCUAACUAGAUGUAAUGCAAUGGAUCUAGAAAAACACGACAUUUGGACUCUAGGAUGUGCCAUUCUGUCAAACAUGAAUGGGUCUUUUGUGUUUGGUAAGCUGUGGGAGAGCUGUGAUAGAGGACAGAAAAAGACAGAAUACCAACAGGGCCUGCUGAAUGGUCGUGUCAUCACUGAUGAACUGGUUAAGGGAAAUCUCCCAGCGUGUCGUCUCCUUCUUCAUCUAACAGAUUUGUUGAUGUGGAUGUUAGACCCGGAUGUAUCGUCACGCGCUAGUGUUUUGGAAGCCUUAUAUCAUCCAGUAUUUAAUUGUUGUGUGUACGAAAGCUCCACAGCAUUGAGUGAAUUAGAGAGAUCGACAGAAAGCCCGAUGAAAAGCUUGAGCACGUCACACAUCAGGGGGAGAGCUCGUGUUGUUAUUCAUUACAAAGACAAAGUGGUGCACACUGCUCGUGUUCACAAGGGAUAUCCUGUCAAACGUCUGGUGGAAGAUGAAACAUUCAAACAGAGGGUUGACUUGUGUGUGUGUAGACAUGAAAUACAGCAUGGUUACUGCCUUCUGAAAAACAACAGAUUUGUCUUCAAUAUUGAUGAAAACUGUUAUCUGGAACUAAGACCGACAUGAAAAGACAACCUUCUACUGCAAGACAAUGGGAAUGUCUUGCACGUUAACCAAACUUGUUGCCUACUGAAAACGGCAGUAAUCGUGUCCCACAGCAAUAAAGGCUGGAUAAACUGAUAAUGAUUGCUGUUUCUGAGAAAUAAUUGGAAUGUGAUCAGUAAUAGCGAUGUUGGUCUAUGAAAUGUCCUGAUUAAAAUUAACUUGCAGAGACAUUUGACUCCGAUUCUACAUUACCACCAAACAGGGAGUUGUACCGCCCAUGGUAUACCUCUAUUUGUCGUGGUGUGUGUGCAAUCGUUUAAGAAUCAAUCAGUUUAAUUCCCUUUCGUUAUCAUGAUGAAGACGAUUAAUUAACAUUAUGUCUUAAUUAAUCAAAUAUUAUUUGCGUAGAUACAUUUGUGGUUCAUAAAGAUUGAACAUUCAAAUUAGUAAUGUCAGGGUUUGUUGGAUUUGUGAAUUGAUUGAUUGAUUGAUUUCAUAUUGUUUAACGUCCCUUUUGAGAAUUUUUCACUCAUAUGGAGACGUCACCACUGCCGGUGAAGGGCUGCAAAAUUUAGACCUAUGCUCGGCGCUUAUGGCCAUUGAUCAGGGAGGGAUCUUUAUCGUGCCACACCUGUGACACGGGAUCUGUUUUUGUGGUCUCAUUCGAAGGACCGCCCCAUUUAAUCGCAUCUUACGAGAGCAAGGGUACUGAGGACCUACUCUAACCCGGAUCCCCACAAGCGAAUUAAACUAUGAAUUUGUAUAGCCAGGGGUUGUUAGAUUUGUGAAUUAAUUGCUGUAUAUAAAACUAUGAAUUUGUAUAGUCAGGGGUUGUUAGAUUUGUGAAUUAAUUGCUGUAUAUAAAACUAUGAAUUUGUAUAGUCAGGGGUUGUUAGAUUUGUGAAUUAAUUGCUGUGUAUAAAACUAUGAAUUUGUAUAGUCAGGGGUUGUUAGAUUUGUGAAUUAAUUGCUGUGUAUAAAACUAUGAAUUUGUAUAGCCAGGGGUUGUUAGAUUUGUGAAUUAAUUGCUGUGUAUAAAUAAAACUAUGAAUAAGUAUAUAGUCA